AUGUCGUCACAUUAUCCCGCUUAUCCUCAACAGCCAGAAAAUUAUUCAUCCCCCCCAGUAGUAAUUGUUUUGACUGUAACUCUUCUCGCGUUCCUCUUUGUGGGAUUUUUUACUAUAUACUUUUGUAGGUGUUUCUUGGAAAAUAUUUUUAACACGAUGAAUAAUCGUAAUAGUCCCUCAAGGAAUGUUGUUGGUUCUUCUUUUGUAAGUCAAGGACUUGAUCCUUCACUUGUACAAUCUUUCCCCACCUUUGAAUACUCAUCUGUUAAAGAAUUCCAACGCAAAAAGUAUGGCUUGGAAUGUGCUAUUUGCUUAGCAGAGUUUGAGGAUGAUGAUAUGCUCCGAUUGAUAACUCUUUGCUACCAUGUUUUCCAUCAAGAAUGUAUUGAUCUUUGGCUUAGAUCUCAUAAAACCUGCCCGGUUUGUCGUAAGGAUCUUGAUUUACCUGACCCUUCAUUUGAAAAAUCGCCAUCCCUUGUCCGUAGCAAUUCCAUGAAUGAUAUCAAUGGAACUAAUGUACCAUUAGAAGAUGCAGUAAGCAUUGUUAUUAAGGACAAUGAAGAGGAAGAAUGUAGAGGAGAAAGUGUUGAGCAAGGGGCUCCAACUGAUGCCAUAAUUAAACAAAGUGAAAAAGGAGAAAAUUUUGAGAAAUUUUCAAGGUGUCACUCAACAGGACACUCAAUAUUAAGAACAACACAAGAGGAAAACAGGCAUACAUUGAGAUUGCCAGAACAUGUGCAGAUAAAACUAACAAGGGGGCACGAAUGGACAGAAAGUUGUGUUUCAUCUGCGGACUUUUCAGACCAAACACCCACCAGAAAAUUUUGA